AUGCCUGCACCUCCAAAUAAUACAAACAGAUCGGUUGGUAAUGCAAUGGAUAAUAAUUAUGAUCUACCUGAUAUGAAAUAUUUACGUCCCACCGAUUCCAAUCCAAGAGAUACGAUAGCCGAUGCAAAAAUAGCCAAUGAAUGGGCAGCAAAAAAACUUGUUUGGAUACCCGAUGAACAAGAAGGCUUUAUAUAUGGUCAAAUACGUCAAGAGCAACCUGACGGUCAAUUAACAGUUGAUUUAGAAACUGGUAAACGUGUCCUUAUACAUAAAGAUGAUACACAACGUGUUAAUCCUCCAAAAUUUAGUAAAGUGGAAGAUAUGUCGGAAUUAACUUGUUUAAAUGAUGCAUCUGUAUUGUUUAAUUUAAAAGAGCGUUAUUAUUCCGGAUUGAUUUAUACAUAUUCCGGUUUAUUUUGUGUCGUUAUUAAUCCGUAUAGACGUUUACCAAUUUAUUCUGAAAAUGUUAUUGAAAUGUAUAAAGGAAAAAAACGUGAACAAAUGCCACCACAUAUAUUUGCCAUUGCCAGUGAUGCGUAUCGUUUAAUGUUACAAAAUCGCGAAGAUCAAUCGAUUUUAUGCACCGGUGAAUCUGGUGCUGGUAAAACUGAGAAUACAAAAAAAGUAAUUCAAUAUUUAGCUUAUAUUGCGGCGGCACCACGAAGUUCCCAACGAUCAUCAGGCAGUGGUGUUAAUCAAUAUCAGCAACAAGGUACAAAAAUCACUGAUGUAUGCGGCGAACUUGAAGCUCAACUUCUUCAAGCUAAUCCAAUUCUUGAGGCUUUUGGUAAUGCUAAAACGGUUAAAAAUGAUAAUUCGUCUCGUUUUGGUAAAUUUAUUCGUAUUAAUUUUGAUACAUCGGGUUUCAUUGCUGGUGCAUCCAUUGAAACAUAUCUAUUAGAAAAAUCACGUACUAUUCGUCAAGCUAAAAAUGAACGAACAUUUCAUAUAUUUUAUCAAUUCUUACGCAGUGCUGAUACACGAAUGAUCAGCGAUUAUUUACUAGAAGAUUUUACUCGCUAUCGAUAUUUAACAAAUGGUAAUCUAACAGUAUCGGGUAUAAAUGAUGCCGAAGAAUUUCAAAAUACGAUUAAAGCUAUGCAAAUCAUGAACAUAUCCAGUGAUGAAUUGAAUGCGAUAUUUCGUACAAUAUCAGCUGUUUUACAAAUGGGUAAUAUGCAAUUUAAACAAGAACGUGAUACCGAUCAAGCAGCAUUACCAGAUAAUACAGUAGCACAGAAAAUUUGUCAUCUAUUAGGAAUAUCGGUGACGGAUUUUGUACGAUCGUUUUUAAAACCGAAACUUAAUGUUGGACGAGAUUUUGUAACGAAAGCACAAACAAAAGCUCAAGUUGAUUUUGCCGUCGAAGCACUUUCGAAAGCGAUCUAUGAGCGAAUGUUCAAAUGGAUUGUAACACGCAUAAAUAAAUCUCUUGAUCGAAGUAAACGGCAGGGCUCGUCGUUCAUUGGAAUUCUUGAUAUAGCUGGUUUUGAAAUUUUUCAAUUAAAUUCUUUUGAACAAUUAUGUAUUAAUUAUACAAAUGAAAAGCUACAACAAUUAUUUAAUCAUACAAUGUUUGUUCUCGAACAAGAAGAAUAUCGACGAGAGAAUAUUGAUUGGGCAUUUAUCGAUUUCGGUCUUGAUCUUCAGCCAACAAUUGAUCUUAUUGAAAAACAAAUGGGUAUUUUAAGUUUACUAGAUGAAGAAUGUUGGUUUCCGAAGGCAACUGAUCGAACCUAUUUGGAAAAAAUAAUAAAUACUCAUGGUCAACAUCCGAAAUUCGGAAAACCAAAUUAUAAAGCUCCAUCUGAUUUCAGCAUAAUUCAUUAUGCUGGUAAAGUUGAUUAUUCGACUGAUCAAUGGUUAAUGAAAAAUAUGGAUCCAUUGAAUGAUAACGUUGUUGCACUUUUACAAGCAUCAAACGAUCAGUUUACACGUGAAAUAUGGAAAGAUGCGGAAAUUGUUGGUUUAGCAGUAACAGAUCAAAAUGAUGUAACACUAAAUUUGAAAUCAACUAUUAAAAAAGGCAUGUUUAGAACAGUUGGUCAACUUUAUAAAGAACAAUUAACAAAAUUAAUGUUUACAUUAAGAAAUACGAAUCCAAAUUUCGUUCGCUGUAUUAUACCAAAUCACGAGAAGAAACCUGGUACUAUUCAUUCACCACUCGUACUUGAUCAAUUAAGAUGUAACGGGGUACUUGAAGGUAUUCGUAUCUGUAGAAAUGGCUUUCCAAAUCGAAUCCUAUUUCAAGAAUUUCGUCAGCGUUACGAAAUUCUUUGUCCAAAUGCCAUACCGAGAGAAUUCAUGGAUGGUAAAGCUGCAGCAAAACGAAUGAUUCAAGAUCUUGAACUAGAUGAAAAUCUUUAUCGAAUCGGUCUUACGAAAGUCUUCUUUCGAUCAGGUGUUCUUGGUCAUUUAGAAGAAGAACGUGAUCUUAAAUUAACCGACAUAAUGACACAACUUCAAACAUUAUGUCGUGGUGCUCUUGCUCGAAAAAAUUAUCAACGACGUAUUCAACAACUAAAUGCUAUUCGUGUUAUUCAACGUAAUGGUCGUGCUCUAUUGAAAAUUCGUAAUUGGAAAUGGUGGCGUUUAUUUACAAAAAUAAAACCAUUAUUACAAGUAACAAGACAAGAAGAAGAAUUGAAACAAAAACAAGAAGAAAUGAAUCGAUUAAAAACAGAAAUGGCAUCACGUGUAAUACAAGCACAAGAAAUGGAAGAAAAACUACAAUUAGUUCAACAGGAGCGAAGUGUUCUUAAUGAUCGUCUUAUACAUUUCAAUGAAGUUUUAGGAGAAUACGAAGAGAAAUCACAUCGAAUGCAAAAACGAAACGAUGAACUUGAGAGUAUUUUACAAGACAUGGAGCAACGUUUACAAGAAGCGGCUGAUCAAUUGAAUACAUCAAAUAAAGAUCAACGAGAAUACAACCAGCAUUUACGAGACACAACUAAGCGCCUUGAAGAUGAAGAACAAAAUCGACAAAAAUUACAACUUGAACGUAUGCAGUCAGAAGGAAAAAUAAAAAAUCUUGAAAAUCUUGUUGCUACUCUACAAAAUGAACUUUUGAAAGGACAAAAAGAACAUACUGUUCUUUAUGAUAAAUUUCAAGAUAUUGUUGUUGACCGGCAGAAGGAAGAAGAAAAAUUAAAAAAUCUUCUCAAAAUUAAAACUAAAUUAGAAAGUCAAAGUAAUGAUCUUCAACAACGAUUCGAUCGUGAAGCUGAGCUUCGUCAAAAACGUGACCGUGAUAUUCGUGAACUUGAAAUUGAAAAUCAAGAACUUCGUGGUCAACUACAAGACUUAAAACAAUCUAUAAAAGAUCUCGACACACAAUUAAAACGACGCAAUGAAGAUUUAAAUAAGGUUAUAACAACGGCCGAAAGUGACGCUGCAACAAAAGCAAACUUUCAAAAGCAAAUACGCGAUUGUCAAAGUGAACUUGAUACUUUACAAGCUAAUUUUGCAAGUGAAAGAGAAAUACGCAAAAGUUUAGAAUCUGAAAAACGUUCAUUGAUGGAAGAAAAUAAUUCGCUACGCAAUGAAAUAUUCGAUUCAACAGAUGUCAGUCAAGAAAUACUUGAACGAGAAAAAAAACUUCAAGAAGAUUUAUCAUCAAUGAAAAAUGAAUUGUAUCAAACACGAAAAAAUCACGAAGAAAAGAUUGCCGAUCUACGUUCAAAACAUUCGAAAGAACUCGAAGAAUUAACCAAAACAUUAGAAAAUACGAAAAAACAAUUGCAAGCAUCUACGAAAGAUCUGCAACCAUUGAAAAAUGAAAUUAAAGAUCGCGAAAAUGAAGUUAAAAAUUUAAGUGUUUCAAAACAAGACAUCGAAAGAAAACGACGACAAUUGGAAACACAAACUCAAGAUCUUCAACAUAAAUAUAGUGAAAGCGAAAGAAUUAAAACUGAACUUCUAGAUAAAUUACAAGGUUAUCAACUGAAUAUUGAAUCUUUAAAUGCAGCCUAUAUUGAAGUUGAGCAACGCUUACAAAACAAUGAACGUACUAUAAACAGUCUCAAACAAGAUAAUCAAGAUUUACAAGACAGUUUUCAAGAUGAAAAUCGUCAAAAAAUGAACGCUCUAUCUAAACUUCGUCAAAUCGAAGAUUCAAUGAAUGAACUGAAAGAACAUCUAGAUGAUGAAGAAGAAGAAAAUCGUAAAAUAAAAGCAAAAGCAAUUCAAUUAACACAAGAAAAUAAUGAAUUACGUCGCGCAGCAGAACAAAUUGAACAUACAGAAGAACUUCGUCGACAAUUUCAACGUGAAAAAGAUGCUUUAGUUGAUGACCUUGACAAUGAAAAAAUACUAAAUUUGAAACUAACAAAAUCCAAUCAAAAACUUACAAAUGAUAUUACUGAUCUUAAUGUUGAAUUAGAACGUUAUAAUACUAUGAUACAAAAUGUUGAUAAAACGAAACGUUCGUUUGAAAAACGUAUUCAAGAUGAGAAAAAAAUACAAGAAAAACUGCGUCAAGAACGUGAUCAAAAUGAAAAGGACUUUCGGGACAGUGAAACACAACGUUUAAAUCUAUCGAAAGAGCUCAACGAACGAAACUAUGCUUAUGAAGAUUUAGAAAAGCGUUUCAAAAAAUUACGUAUCGACAGUGAAGCAAGUCAGAACACAGAUGAUGUUGGCAGAUAUAUUCAAGAAUUAGAAACUGUCAAACGAAAUUACGAAUUGAUGUUUGACGACCAGAAACAUCAAAUAACCGAACUUGAAGAUGAGCUGCAAACGUCUGAAGAUGCUCGUUUACGACUUGAAGUAAAUAUCGGCGCGUUGAAACAAUCCAUGGAGAAAGUAACACUGGAUUGUAAUAAUGAAAUUGAUAAUAUUAAACGUUCAACAAAUCAACGAUUAAAAGACUAUGAAUCCGACGUUCAAGAAGAACAAAAAUCAAAACAACAAAUAAUUCAACAGCGUAAAAAACUUGAAACGGAUCUUCAAAAUGCGUAUCAGCAAAUCGAAGAAGCAAAUAGGUCAAAAGAAGAAACCAUGCGUAAUAGUCGACGUUUACAAAUUCAAAUUCGCGAUUUAACACGCCAAUUAGAAGAAUCUAAGCCUCUAGAUACUGUAUCAAAUCAGGCCGUUAAAGAAUGGCAAACAAAAUUAAAAGCAUACGAACAAGCUAUUGAACAAUUAUCAGAAGAUAAAGAUAAUCUUGAACGGCAAUUUCGUCAAAUUCAAACAGAACGUGAUGAACUUCAUGAAGAAAUUUUGAAUAUUGGCCGAGAUUGCAAUACUCUUAUCGAUGAGAAACGUCGAUUGGAAUUACGUAUCAAUGAACUUGAAGGAGAAUUCGAAGAAGAACAAAUCAAUUCAGAAAUGAAUAAUGAAAAAUUAAAAAGAUUCGCCACGAACUAUGAACAAGCUAUGCUCGAAUGCAAUGCCGAGAAAGAGAAAAAUACACAGCUUGAAAUGAUGCGUAGCAAUUUUGAACGUCAAAUUCGAGAUUUACGUGAAAAACUUGAGACUUAUGAUGGAUCUACAAUCGAACAAGCAAAAGCAAAAGUGGCUGGAUAUGAAGUUAAGAUUCAUGCGUAUGAAGAACAACUUGAUAAUGAAGUUCGAGAAAGACAAAAAGCGUCUCGAAAUCUACGCUUACUUGAAAAACGACUACGUGAAGCAUCGGCUAUUGCCGAAGAAACACAAAAAACCGGAAAUUAUUAUAAAGAAGAAUUUGAAAAAGCUGAUGUGCGUCUACGUAAAAUGAAACGUACAGUAGACGAAUUACAAGAAGAUUUAUCACAAACAAAACAACGUUUGCGUAAAGCUCAACGAGAAAAAGAUGAAAUUGAAGAAACGUCAUAUUCAAGAAGUCGCCCAACGACAACACUUAAUUCUCCUGCUCUGUUCAAGAAAAAAUCUUUACCAACAACAAAAACUUAUCCCGAAGUGUUCGAUGAUGAUUUAACAUCUGAAUCAGCGAAUGAAAGUUCAACAGAGACUCCUGAUAGCGGCAAUAAUACUUUAAGAAAUAGUGCAGCUGAAAGUUUCAACAACAGAAAUUCGUAG